CUUGUUGCUUGGUUGAAAGGGCUACCGUAUCCACUUGACACCCUGGAAGAAAGGAUUCGACAGUAUCUUCCAACACUCUUCUCACCAUGCUGUCAACUCAUCAAACUAGUAGUAGCCUCGGCAGUCUGGAUGUUACAACAACCAGCGAUAAUGAUCAAAAUGGCAACACUGCAAGACGCAACAACAUGAAACUGUCGUAUCCGAACUGGGAACAAGACAAGGCGAUUGCGGAGCAGUAUUUUGCCCAAAAUGGCGCAUCCAACGGCGCUCCACGACCGGGAAGCUCCUUUUACAAAAAGAUUCAAGCCAUGGUCAACAAACAGGCACUGCACGAAGGCGACCGAUCUCAUCCCGAUAUGGUUGCCUUGGAAAAUGAAGUGUUUUCCUACGACGGUUGGGAACAGGACAAGCAAGACGCCAUCAAGAUCCAUUCGGGUGAAUGCAGUGUCUUGUAUUUGGGAUCCUUUGCGGAAAAACUGGAAUUGAUGAGACGCAAAGAACGGAUCCACCACAAUCGACACAGUUUUGAUGCCUUGCGGGAACUGGACGAACUACACUGUACGUAUGAUGGCGCACAAGCCGACUUGGCCAUUGCCGAACGGUUGUUCAUGGAUCAUCCCGAGUCGGCGUUAUUCCACAAAAAGGUCACCGCCAUGGCAAUCAAGCAAAAAGUAUUGGUGGAAGGCGACAAAUCUCAUCCAGAUUUAGUAGCAUUGGAAAGUCAAGUUUUUUCCUAUGAUGGCUGGCAAGCUGACAAGGAAGAAGCCAUGCAGCGAAUAUUGGGUGAUUGUUGCUUGCUGUUUUUGGGAGAAUUUGCAAUCAAAUUUGACGAAAUGAAGCGAAAAGAGCAAGCUUUUCGAGACCGAACUUUAGUGGAGGAGCUGCAGUACUUGGAGAGACUUCCCUUGGACUACCCAGGGUGGGAAUACGACAAGGCUUCGGCGGAACGACUCUAUCUAGAAUACUUUUGCUCGUCAUCGGCAUCCGACGCAACAACUUCGCUCUUUCACAGAAAGGUACAAUGCAUGCAAACCAAACAGCGCCUCCAUGAUGGCGAUCGCUCCGACCCAAAUAUCCGCGCUUUGGAUGCCACCCAAUUCUCCUAUGAAGGAUGGCAAGAUGACAAGCAAGAGGCAGAGCAACGACUGACGGGAGACUGCAUCUUGUUGCACAUGGGCAGUUCUGGUUUUCAGGACGUUUUUGCCAAGAUGAAAAACAAGGAACUGAUGCAUACCAAUCGACGCAAUCUACGAGGACUACAAAACCUAGAUUCGUUGCUACUCCACAAUCGCAAUCAACAGGAAAACAACAAGGCAUCCGACACGGACGAAACCGCAUCCAUAUCGUCCUGCUCUACGGCUGCUGGAGAGGAGGAAGUGGACGAACAGAAAAACAACACGUGUGUCGUGUGUUUCGAGGCGGAACCGUCUCAUGCGUACAUUCCUUGUGGGCAUCGGUGCAUUUGUUCCGAUUGCGCCGAACUGCAGUAUGCAUCUUCUUGUGACAGUGGCACGGAAAUGAAGUGCCCCAUUUGUCGAGAGCCAACAGUCUGUGUCACUCGAAUAUUCUUGUAAUAGUGGUAGUGGCUGUGAAAGGAGACAAACGAUCGAGGAACUGUGGUUGUUGUUUUGAUUGUGCGGUUGUUUUGUGCACUUGUCAGGACUCGAAUAGCAAACUACAAAGUCGACAAGUUGGCACACAAGCAUACAGUAUAUUACAGUGACUUAUAAGAAUAAGAGAUUUCGGAAGUUGAGCCUUACUCAGAAUUCUCUUUCUGCCGGCA